AUUUCAUAUACAGAUACCCCCGCAGAACGAUUUUGGAUCAGUCCCGAUAUUCCGGAAGCGGAGGAAAAUCUUUUCUUGGCGGGGGUCGCUUCCGCUUCCGUACUGGGGACCAAGCUGAGAGGCUGCCGCCGCUUCUGUCGCCUUUGCUGCCAUGACCGCCACCCUCCGUCCCUAUCUCAAUGCCGUACGUGCUACCCUGCAGGCUGCCAUGUGCCUGGAGAACUUCUCGUCUCAGGUGGUGGAGCGGCACAACAAGCCUGAGGUGGAAGUCAGGAGCAGCAAGGAGCUACUGUUGCAGCCAGUGAUCAUCAGCAGAAAUGAGAAAGAAAAAGUCCUCAUUGAAGGGUCCAUCAACUCUGUCCGAGUUAGCAUUGCAGUGAAGCAGGCUGAUGAGAUUGAGAAGAUUCUCUGCCACAAGUUUAUGCGCUUCAUGAUGAUGAGAGCAGAGAACUUCUUCAUUUUACGCCGGAAACCAGUGGAGGGCUAUGACAUUAGUUUCCUGAUCACAAAUUUCCAUACAGAGCAGAUGUACAAGCACAAGCUGGUGGACUUUGUCAUUCAUUUUAUGGAGGAAAUUGACAAGGAAAUAAGCGAGAUGAAGCUGUCUGUCAAUGCCAGGGCUCGCAUUGUGGCCGAGGAGUUUCUUAAGAAUUUCUAGACCAAGGGCUGGAGUCCUCAUCUUGGCUUUCUCAUCCUUUCUGCACAGCCUACAGAGAAGGCCACAGUUUGGAAGUGAGAUGAGAAGCAGCCAGACCUGCGGGGGCUGUCCCAGCUAAAUGUACACCAUGCUCGCCAGUGUGCCCAGGGGAGGGGAGGGUGCUUUUUAAAUAUUUUUGGAACAAAACUGUGCUUGUUUACGACUAUGUCGACUUGAUGUCCUUUUUUUUAAAACCACUUGCUGUAAUUUGUCUGCUUCAGUCUCCUGGUGGCCAAGUUCUUGCGGUGAGGUGGGGGGAGGAAUUGUUGGUUCUAGAAAUCCUCAGCAAAAGUAGUUGUGAGAAUUCCAGCUUGGUGCUGUUUGUACUGAAAUCGCCUCUAAUAGUUUUCAAAAAUCUGCCUUUCUCUAUGAUGCGGUGACAAUAGGAGAAAUGAGGCUUGAUUUGUUCCAUUGAGUUAGUUGGCAGCCAGCCUUGGAACUUUCCGAACUGGAGGAUCCAUAGAGUAAUUGCCUUCUUCACCUUCCCUAAUAGCAGACUUUGUACACAAGUUGGCUGCUGGAAAUGGCAACCCCCUUCCCCCGGUGCCAAGUCACUCCAGUUUUUGGAGAACGCACUCUCUCCUUCCAACUUCCUUCACUCACAGAGGGAGCAGAGGAUUUGGAGCACAGCACUGCCUCCUGUUCUCACCCUUUCUACCCCUUUCCUUACCUGUGCCAGAGGGAGAUGUGAUGGUAGGGGCCAGGCCUUAGACCCUCCAAAUGGGACGGAGCUGGAAUCUGUAACUCUUGGUUCUUUUUGCUAUGGCACUUGCUGUACCUUUCUUACUUGCCCUAUUAUUAAAGCCUUUUUUCUUGCCUCCUGAA